AUGCUGCGACACGAUCACAACCGCAUCGACCCCAAGCGGCGCAAUGUGCUCGACCACCGCAAGAGGCAGUUUGCCACGCCGCUGUACAAAGAUGCCGAGUACCCCCACCGCCUCAACUUUUACGCCGACGCGCCCACGGCCGACAUUACCCUCGAGCAGUUUGAGCAGUGGGCGAUUGACAGGCUGAGAGUCCUGGCCGAGCUGGAAGCAUGCUCGUUCCGCAACAGGUCGCCCGCCGAGACGGCGACGCACAUGAAGCCCAUUGUCGACAAGUACCUGCCCCUCGACACCAAUAGCUCUGCUUCCAGCAAGCUCUUCUCCCAGCGGCAAAAGGACCACUACAGCCACUUUAUCCUCCGCCUCGCCUUCUCGUCCACCGAGGACCUGCGUCGGCGGUUCACGCGUGUCGAGACGAUGCUCUUCCGGAUGCGCUUCAACAGCGACGACCUCGCCGAGCGGUCCGCGUUCGUCUCGAGCCUCGACCUCGACUGGUGGGAGGCUGUUACCGACGACGAGAGGGACGAGUUUGCGGCCGAGCUAGCAGCCAUGAUGGGCCCCAGGAAGGGCAACGCCGAGGACGACACGUGGUUCAAGGUGGACUGGGAGCGCGUGCCGGAGCUCGUGGAGCAGCGCCGCGUCUUCCUCAAGCGCGGCAAGGCGUUUGUGCCGGGCCGGGAACAGUCGAGCAUGGUUGUCGCCGAGUUUUCUACCCGGCUUGAGAAGCAGCUCGAGCUGACGGCGCGCGCCCUGCCCCGGCUCGAUGAGGACGACCGCCUCACGCCCAUUCUCAAUCACCUGUCCAAGAACUUCAUCACGCCCGACUCCGCCUACAUGUCCAACACGUCGGCGCCCAUCGGCGCGCAGAUCAGCGCCAGCAACAUCGACAACCUGUCGCAGCACUUCCCCGCGUGCAUGUCGCACCUGCACCGCACGCUGCGCGCCACGGGCCACCUCAAGCACUACGGGCGCCUGCAGUACACGCUCUUCCUCAAGGGCAUCGGGCUGACGCUCGAGGAGUCGCUGGUAUUCUGGCGCACCGGCAUGCGCUCCAAGACGGACGACGAGUUCAACAAGGAGUACCGCUACAACGUGCGGCACGCGUACGGCGACGUGGGCGGCGACGGGAACCGGCGUGGCGGCGGUUACAGCCCCUUCAGCUGCCAGAAGAUCCUCACGGAGCACCAGCCCGGCGCGGGCGAUGCGCACGGGUGCCCGUACCGGCACUUCAACGUGGAGAACCUGUCGACGCUGGUGCAGGCGAUGGGCGUGACGGACCAAUCGGUGCUGCGCGGCGUCCGCGAGGACAAGGAGGCCCAGAAGUUUCACAUGGCGUGCAACCGCGUCUUUGAGCACCUGCACAAGGCGGAGAUUAAGAAGGCCAAGGACGAGGGCGUCUUGACGGCGAACCAGCUCGAGACGAUUGUGCACCCCAACGAGUACUUCAAGCGGAGCUACCUGCUCAAGAACCUGGGCAAGGAGACGGAUGUUAAGAUGGAGGGAUGA